AGUUCGCAGCCGGCUGCUCAUCCCGUCGCUGCCUUUCCCUGCCGCUCCGCCGCCGAGUGUGUCACGUGACUUUCGCGGCGACAGCCGCUCCGUCUCUCCGUUAACGAAAAGGAGCUUCUCCUUCCUUGGCGCGAUAACGCCUCAAAAGAGCAAUCUCCGUAUCAAGUACCUGACUCCGUGAGAUGAAGAACACAGGAUACAAUCGCUGAUCCUUCUCUUUCGAGUGGCCUUUAGUGACGUGUCGGCAAUUAGUGACCUUUGAAGACGGCGCUUUACCUCGUUCGUAAGUAUCGAUUGUGGUGGGGUCGACGCGACCGCACGUUCGAUAGGCAGCGACUCGGCGAGAAAGAAAACACAACAAGCGAAUGAGGAGGAGUUUCAGCGUAGUGCGACGAGCGCGGAAGUGAGAUUAUUGGGGGGGAUGGUGGGUUGACCUUUGACAAAGGUCUUACAGGUGCGUCAUUAUAAAGUGUGUUAAGCAGGGUCUCCGCUUUGUUUUGCGUCACUACACGCCUGUGGCGCUGUCUAACUCUCGCUUUUACGAUGAGUGUGUAAGAUAAAGAACAAUCUUAUGGCCGGGGUCAGUGCGUCUCGGCGCCUAUCAUGGAGCAUCUGUCUUGCAAUGGACCAGACGAUGGUGGCGGUGACUCGGACCUGGAUCCCAGGAUUCAGAUUGAAUUGGAAAAACUGAACAGUGCCACUGAUGAAAUCAACAAAUUAGAAACAGAAUUAGAUGAAGCAAACACAACUUUCCGUUUGUUACUUAAUGAGUCCACACGUAGACUUAAAUUGCUCAGCAAAAAAUUGGGGGGCUGCAUUGAACGAGCACGUCCAUACUAUGAAGCUCUUGAAGUUGCAAGGCAAGCCCAACUGGAAUGUCAGAGAGCUGCAGUACAGUUUCAAAGAGCCAAUGAAAUUCAUCAGGCUGCGAAGGAAACUGUGGCAUUGGCAGAACAGCGAUUCUUGAGCAAGCAGCAUGAAUGGCAGUUUGAUAAUGCAUGGCAGGAAAUGUUAAAUCAUGCAACAAUCAAAGUUAUGGAUGCUGAGAAUCAAAAGGCUGAGAGUGGCAGAGAACACCAGAAAAGAGCAACACUUUUCAAUGCAGCUGAACAGCAGGUUCAGCAGUUAGAACAGAAGUUACGUCGCAGUAUAAUCAAAUCAAGGCCAUAUUUUGAGGAAAAAUCACUGUGCCAAGGGCAGUUGGCUACACAAAAGGAACGUGUUGAAUCUUUGCAAAAGGCUGUGUCUAGAUCUAAAGUGUCUUAUGCGUGCUCAUUAAAGGAGCUUGAACGAAUCUCAGAAGAAAUCCAUUGCAAGAGAAAUAAAUUGCAGAAGAAAGCCGAAUUGGAUGAAUUGCCAGUGGGCCCUCGUGAGCCGGGUGUCGGUGCAGAACUCAAUCAAACUGUGCAGGAAUUCAGUGCAAUGCCUUUGAAAGGAGCUGGGGAUGAAAUUCAUGAGGCUGUGGGUGAAUUGUCCAAAGAUAUGGAUCGGAAAUCUGACCCAUCUCCGGACAAUAGUGAAGGCCUUAUGCUUGACUAUGAGCGAGAGUUGGACAGAUGUGAUAUGCGUAGUUUAGGAAGCCUGUCUGUUGGAACAAGUUCUGCAGUCAGUGAGAAAGACGAUAGUGAAACUGCUGAUGACAAUGAUGAUAAUGAAGAGGAUUUGGAGGAACUAAGAAAGAAAGUUCGAGAGUUGGCUAUACGUCCAGUUGAAGCCGGUGAAGGGCAGCAAGCUUCAAGCAGUACAGCUCAGUGGGAGUCAGAAUUAAAUGCAACUGUUGCUAAACUUGAUCACAUGUUCCACUUGCAAGAAUGUGCAAAGGAACUAUCUGAUUUGCCCCCAUCCUCUCCUGUAAAAUCAUCGUCUGAACCUGAGAACAGUACAUAAGUUGCAGACUCCAAUUUAGUCUUCUGUUCUUUUAAUAGUCCAGUACAAAAUGUGAUAAAUGUUGAGAACUUUUGUUCAACAUAUUUCUAAUCAUUGCAGGCCUUUUUCAUGAGCAGGUAUACAGUCCCUACUGAAGAACGAGUACCUACUGCAUGCUCUCUUGACUAAAAGUUGUACAUUUCCUCAUCAUUCAAUACUCCUAAUAUCUGUUUUAAAUAUUAGUGUAACUGGAAUGCUCAGUUUUAUGACCAAUUGAAAACGUCGGUAUGCAGUGAGGUUUUGAUAUUACAAUACAUAGCUCUCUGAUAUAAUUGUUACUCUGUGCAUGCAAUAUCAUUAAAAAAAAAAUAUUGUACAGGGUGGUGUGCCUACAUUUGUUAAUGCCUUUCAUUGUAAGAGCCCAAAGAUUUAUUUUCAUAUCUGCAUGUAACAUAGUUCAACAUCACUUAAAUACUUAUUACAGACACUCCCUUCAGUGUCUUUCGAAUCACCCAGAGAUGAGUGUGUGAAGUUCACUAUAUUGCACAAUAUCAAUUCACUGGGAAAGCACACCACCCCCCCUACUUGUAAGAAUCAAGAGGACCAGAAAAUUAAUAUUUGUACUUGUAUAAAUUACAAGUUUUCUUAUAUCUUGCAUGUCUCUUUUGAACGCGAUUGUGAUACAAAUACAAGAUUAGACAAUUUGAACAAUUGUAAUCUCUAUAUUUGUAUCAUUAAUCUUGAAUUGCCUCUCAGAUAAUUGGUCCUUCUUUUCCCAGAAUUAAUAUUUUUCUAAUGUUAUGUUUGUUACAAAUGUCAUGGCUUCAUUCAUUAGUUUAUGUUUGUCAUUAGACUGAAGGCGGAAGAGAAAAAUCUUUGGGUAUGCUGGUUGCUAGAAGCAUUAUGGAGAUCCAUGGAUAGUCUUAAGGACUGCCAUGACUGUGAUAAGAGGAUCAGGGUUAAACGAAGCUCAGAAAUUUCAACUUUUAUAAGUGCACCACUUCUAUAAUGUUGUCAUUGAACUCUUUUAUGCUGAACUUAUAUAUGUUGACCGUUGAAUAAAUUGCAAAUUUGCUAGGUGUAUUUCUUUUUAAAAUUUAAAAUAAAAUUCUUCUGUGAUAACAGUUAUGACAUUAUCACUCUUAUCUACUAAUUGAAAGAAUGAAGAAUAGAAUUGCCCAAAACUAAUUUUCCGGCAAAGGGUUCCAUUCAUGGAAACGAUAUAUUCGUAGGUUCAAAUUCAGUAGUACAUUAAAAACAUUAUCAACUUCUUAGACAAUGAAUGCAGUUAGGCCUAUUAUGCAAAAUCCAAUGUUGGUUAUGACUUGUCAAGUAUCUUGACUGUGUGUACAUGAAAUAUUACUCUGCAUUCCUGAUAUUAACACUUUGUGUGUAGUGUGGUUAAUGGGUCCCUUCACCUAACAAGACUGAUAACUAUCUACUUAUUUGUUAAUUUUUAGUAGUUAACUCUGGUUUUAAUUGUUCUAUCGAAUUGUUUUCAACUUCAAAUGUAGACUGUAGACCAAGUUUUUAAAAACUUUGGAAAGUUGAAAGAGUUAUUUAACCAGAAAUCAUUCAUCACAUAGGAAAGAAUGAAAUUCCGCGCUUGUGUCUGUCUGUAUAUGUGUGUUGCUGCCUGUGAAAACUCAUCAUUAUUGUAGAACAGUAAUUUUUAUUGUAACAUUAAAGUAAAAGUAAUGUCUUGUAUUUUUAUGUGUACAUAGUGGUGUGAAGUCACUUUUAUCAUGAAAAGGAAAUUUAUUUACUACAAAACACACUAAACCUUAUUUAGUAGAAUCUGUGAAUAACUUUAUUAAUGUGUUUGUUUUCAAGUAACAUUUAAUAUGUUUUAUGGAAUGUGUCUUCAUAACCCUGCUGUUGAGAACUGAUAGUCACCAUUUUAUGUGCAAUUUUUGCUUUGCUUUAUGCAACACCUAUUAAAAUAAUGUGUGUGGUGAAAGUACAACAUUACGAAAUCAUUAUAGUUUUAUUAAAACAUGUUUUGUACUAUUUUAUUUGUGUUAUAAAGUAAAUUUUUAUUUACUUAUGUACAAAAAGAUUACAGGUAGAUAGAAUGUUCUACGCAUGCACGUUUCCUUGAGCUCUCAUUUUUUUAUAUGCAAGAGCAGUUGGGGAGGAUAGUUUAGUUGCCAGUAGUAAAUUAAAACUAAAAUCUGAUGCAAAUAGUUUGUGGUUCAUUGGAGCACAAAUUUCUGAUUAUAAAAUGCUGAGAUUAUUCAGAGACAAUGCUCGUCGCUAACAUGAUUCCUAGCUCAACUUUGCAUGACAAAAGAUAUAAGCCAGAGCUCAAGAAAACGUGUGUGUGUGUACUAUAAUAUUAAAGGCGCCUUUCAUCUCCUACCUUAAUCGCUGAAAGAUUUCUUCACUUUAUUUGCUUUCUAGGCAUCACAUAUUAAUUUAAAUUAUGUCUAGGGCAUACAAAUGUGUACAAAUUUAUUAAAAGUAAGAUUUAGAGGAUAAUUCACAAGAACUGUUAGUUACAGUUAUUAUUUCUGAACAAGGUUCAAUGUCCUGUAAAUUUGACAUUUUAGGUGACAGUUUUAUUACUUAUGUUUCAAGUAUUGCUGGAACAUGUUAAAUUGUUAUACCUCUUAAGUAAAUGUGUGCAAUGUUAAAUAAUGUAUGACAGAAAGUUCCUUAAUAUAGGUUGUAUUACAUCAGCUUGUGAAAGUAUUAUAUAUGGUUGAACAGGGGUGACCAUGCAUUGUCCAAAUGUUUCUGUUAUUUGUGUGGUUUCACUGUCUGAGUGAAUAUCUGACCUCCUGUACAACUUGCUGUCAGUGUUAAAUGUGCCAUAGCAUUUCACACAUUACUGAACAAUAUUGUUCUUUGACUAGCACAGGAGAUAUUUUACAAAAAUAUUUAUGUAUGCUGGUAUCAUCCAGUACACAACAAUUGGUAAUUUUUCAUUGGUUUGGCGGCAUCUCAAUUUUGUAACAAGUUUUCCAAAAUGUUGUCCCAAGCAGUGUUAUGCAUUACCAUGGUUGUACAAUAAAAAUGUUGAAUAAACAGUGAUUAAUUUUUCUUAGUAAAUUCUCAAGAGGGUAGUUUGAGAUGUACUAAGUAACUUCAUUUGUAAUUAUGUUAUUAAGUAUCAUGUUCAGGAAUUCUGUUACUUUUCCUGUUUUUUCCAGUAAAAUCCUACCCCCUUUUUUUCCCUAAUAAAAUUGUAAAGAAUUUCACAAUAUUUAAAGAAAAUAUUA